UCCAGUUAUCAAGCUACGGGUUGUUUACAUUUCUUUCAGUGUCAUAUUUGCAGCAUGGAGACUUACAACUUAAGGGACCUGAGACACUCUCCUUGAAUGCGUCAAGACUGCCGCGGCAAAGGAUGGGCCCUUUUCUCCCGGCGAUUUGCGUCGUGCUGCUCGCCCUGAACGCCGCUGUCUCACCGGCUUCUGUCGGCCCCGAGGACUAUCCCGCCGCGGAAGAGGCCGAGAGAACUGCCAACAAUGACAUCAUUUUCGAUGACUACCGAGGGAAAGGCUGCGUGGAUGACAGUGGCUUUGUGUACAAGCUCGGGGAACGCUUCUUCCCUGGCCACUCGAACUGCCCGUGCAUGUGCACGGAGGACGGACCUGUCUGUGACCAACCCGAGUGCCCUAAAAUACACCCCAAGUGCACCAAGGUGGAACACAACGGGUGUUGCCCCGAAUGCAAGGAGGUCAAAAACUUCUGUGAAUACAGAGGGAAGACUUAUAAAAUCCUGGAGGAGUUCAAGCCUUCGCCCUGUGAAUGGUGUCGCUGCGAGCCAAAUAACGAGGUGCACUGUGUGGUCGCUGACUGUGCAGUACCAGAGUGCGUCAACCCAGUGUAUGAGCCAGAACAGUGCUGCCCCAUCUGUAAAAACGGUCCAAAUUGCUUCGCUGGUACCACAAUCAUCCCAGCUGGCAUUGAAGUGAAGGUGGACGACUGCACCAUCUGUCGGUGCCACAGCGGGGACUGGUGGAAGCCUGCGCAGUGCUUGCGGCGGGAGUGCCUCAACGGUCAGCCGUCAUCAUAGAAACCCUCCGGAGAUGAAGAGAGGGACACCGAUGCGAUGUGCUGUCAGCGGCCCACCUUAUGACAGCGAGAGACUGACUGACUGGCAGGAGCACAAUUCCUCUGGCAAACUGAGACGGCUGGACAAGCUGAGAUACAUGGGACAUGGACUCGACAUAAUGUACACACACACACACACACACACACAAAAGUCCUUGGCAGAAUCAUAACAGUUUGUCUUUCACUGAGAACA